CCCUCCCCUUCCUCGUCCUCGACAGCAGCCAGUCCACAGAGAGCCCCUUCCCCUUCCUCUCCGCCUUCUCCUCCUCCUUCCAAAAACCCCACUGGCGCUCGCGCCCAAUCACCGCGCAGCAGCAGCAGCUGCAGCACAACCAGCAGCAGCAGCAGCAGGGGCGGUGGAGAUCCCAACCCCUCACAGGCGUCUAUGACGUGGUGGCGUACGGGGCGGUGGGGGAUGCAGUGGCGGACGAUACACAUGCGCUGACCACGGCCAUGCAUGCGGCGUGCACGCAUGCGGUGGAGAAGGGAGUGGUGGCGACGGUGCUGGUGCCGUGGGGUGGCUGCUAUGCCGUGCAGCCCAUCACCAUGCAGGGCCCCUGUGGGCCUGGCAUGCGAUUGCAGAUUGACGGGGUGCUGGUAGGUCCAUCGGACCCUGCAGUGUACCCUUUUCCCGACUACACCAGCACCUACUUCCCCUACACCAGCGGCUUCCUCUCCUUUAAGAACUUCUCUGGCCUCGUGAUCUCGGGCGGGGGCAGAAUCGACGGGCAAGGGUGGGAGUUCUGGAAAGCAUUCAGAAACUACACCCUGCAGAAGACCAUUCCAAUCAGGCCGUUUGCGAUCCGCCUGAUGCACUGCAAGAACACGACGGUGGAAGGGAUCUCCAUCUGGAACUCUCCCAUGUAUCAUCUCUUCGCGUACACGUGCGAUGGGCUGCACAUACGGCGCUACAAGACCAACUCGCCCAGCAGGAGUCCCAACACGGACAGCCUCAAGCUUGUCGGCAUCAAGAAUGCUCUCAUUGAAGACUGCUUUCUGCAUGGAGGUGAUGAUGAUGUGUCAAUAGUAGCAGUGGGGGAGCUGGUGGCGUAUAACAUCACUGUGAGAAACCUGGAAGCAACUGCAGGGCACGGAAUAAGUUCUACUGUGACAGGCACCAAAAUUGGACGUGUGGUGGCACAACACCUCAUCCCCACAGCAGGGGCGGCUCAGGAAGGGGGCGGCUCAGGACAGUGCAAGGAAAGGGAGAAGAAGGGGGGCGGGGUAACAGCGCGCAGGGCAGCGUGGCAGAGGCGCACGAGGGCUGCAGAUUCGUGUGCAGCUGCUCGUGCAGUUGUGCGCCCUGCAGUCGCCACGCGCGCAGCUGCGCACGGCUGCGAACGCGCGCAGCUGCAGUGCGCUCGGCUGCUGUUGCGCGUAACGAGGGGGGGAGGGGGGUGA